AGAGCCAGUAAUCGGCAUCCCUCAGAGGAGAUAUGUACACUGAUCAUCAGGGCACCGCUGAUCAGUCCCCAGCAGUGCCACCUCUCAGUGUCCAUCAAUGUCAGCUGUCAGUGCUCAUCAGUGCCACCUGCCAGUGCCCAUCAGUGCCACAUCAAUGCCACAUAUCAGUGCCUACCAGUGCACAUCAAUGCCACAUAUCAGGGCCCACUGAGCUGCCUUUCAUUGCCACCUAUCAGUGCCAGUCAGCGCCACCUAUCAAUGCCAGUCAGUGCCACCUAUCAGUGCUGCCAAUCAAU